GCUAAUGCCCAAGACGUAGACCUUACACCCACCUCUUUUACUCUAUUUCUCUCGCACUAUAUACACAAAUAUACAUAUAGUUUCUAUUUUUUUAUAAUUUUAUAAUAGAUUCUGAACUCAAACAUGCAUUAGGCUAUUUAUACACACACUCCCCCACCCCCCAAUAUUUAACACCCCCCACGUCCAGCACCUCCCUAGUCUCUCUCUCACUAACAUAUUCAAGACUUCAGCUUUCACUUCCAGAAAUUUUAAAAAACAAUAUUUGAAUUUUUUUUUUAAAAAAAAGAAAAGUGAAAGUAAGAGAAUGGGGUACGGCAAGCUAGAACCGUCCGAUCCGGGAGGCUCUUCCUCAAUGGACCUGAGCCACCAAUCAGAGCACGCCACGUCAAGCGGAAACCGUUCGAAGAAGAAGCUUCUGGUCGUCCUCUCCGUGGUCUCCAUUGUCCUAAUCACCGCCUCCGCCGUCUCCGCCGUGUUCCUCAUCGGAGUCCGAACCAGAGCCUCGGGCCAAUCCGGCCACCCGGGCCUGGCUCACAAGCCGACCCAGGCGAUCUCCCGAGCCUGCAGCAAGACUCGGUUCCCGAGCCUCUGCGUGAACUCGCUGGUCGAUUUCCCCGGCGCCCUAACGGCGACGGAGGAAGAUCUGGUCCACAUUUCCUUCAACAUGACUCUCCAGCGGCUGAGCAAGGCUCUCUACGCCUCCUCCGGGAUCUCCUACCUCGCUAUGGACCCACUCUCGCGGUCCGCCUACGACGGCUGCCUCGAGCUCCUCGACGACUCCAUCGACGCGCUAUCCCGGUCGCUCACCUCCGUUGCGCCGUCGGUGGCCGGCGGCUCCGCCAAACCGAUCUCCGGCGCCUCCAGCCAGGACGUGGUGACGUGGCUCAGCGCGGCGCUGACGAACCAGGACACCUGCGGGGAGGGAUUCGACGGCGUCGCCGGCGGGAGCGUGAAGAGUCACAUGGCGGAGAGCCUGAGGGACUUGUCGGAGCUCUUGAGCAAUUGUCUCUCGAUAUUUUCAGGUAGCGUUACGGACGAUUUCUCGGGGGUUCCGAUACAGAACAGGAGGAGAUUAAUGCAGGAGGACGAUAUAUCGGGGGAUUUCCCGAGAUGGUUGGGGAGGAAAGAGAGGAGGCUUUUGGCUUUGCCGGUGUCGGCAAUACAGGCGGAUAUCGUGGUGUCUAAAGACGGAAAUGGGUCUAAUGGUCGGGAGUACAAGACGAUCGCUGAGGCUAUAAAGAAAGUGCCUGAGCAUAGCACUCGCCGGAUCGUAAUUUACGUAAAGGCAGGAAGGUACGAAGAGAAUAACUUGAAGGUGGGAAGGAAGAAAACAAAUGUAAUGUUUAUUGGAGACGGAGCGGGCAAAACAGUAAUAUCGGGAGGAAAAAGCGUUUCCGAUAAACUGACGACUUUCCACACGGCAUCUUUCGCUGCAACUGGAGCGGGCUUUAUCGCACGAGACAUAACGUUCACGAACUGGGCCGGCCCAGGAAGGCACCAGGCCGUGGCCCUCCGGAUUGGCGCAGACCACGCGGUGGUUUACCGGUGCCAGGCCAUCGGCUACCAAGACACCCUGUACGUGCACUCCAAUCGCCAAUUCUUCCGGGAGUGCGAGAUUUACGGGACCGUUGACUUCAUAUUCGGGAACGCCGCCGUCGUUUUCCAAAACUGCAGCAUCUACGCCCGAAAGCCCAUGCCCCAACAGAAGAACACUAUCACGGCCCAAAACCGAAAGGACCCGAACCAAAACACGGGCAUUUCGAUCCACGCCUGUCGGAUCCUCGCCACGUCCGAUCUCCAGGCCUCCAAGGGAAGCUUCCCGACGUAUCUGGGCCGUCCGUGGAAGCUCUACUCCAGAGUCGUUUACCUUAUGUCCUACAUGGGCGAUCACAUCCAUCCACGUGGAUGGCUGGAGUGGAAUGCCACUUUUGCCCUCGACAGUCUUUAUUACGGAGAGUACAUGAAUUCUGGGCCGGGUGGGGCCGUGGGCCAGCGGGUGAAAUGGCCGGGUUAUCGGGUCAUAACGUCGACGGUUGAGGCUAGCAAGUUCACGGUGGCACAGUUCAUAUAUGGGUCGUCGUGGUUGCCGUCGACAGGGGUGGCGUUCCUGGCCGGGUUAUCGGUGUAAAUAUAAGAAGAGGAAUCUACACUGAGCUUUUCUAGGCCGUACACGUUGGGCCCAAGCCCAUUUAAGGGUGACCUGGUGGGGCCCGCUUCUUCCUCGUGAUUAUAUAUGGAAAUAGUUUCUCUCAUUUCUGCUCUGUUUCUAUUUUUUCCACAUGAUAUAGCAAUUAGUACCACCGUUAAUCUCUCCCCUACUUUUUUUUUUUUGGUGUAUUUAAUUAACUCGGUGAUAUUUUAUAGAAGCUAUGAAUAAAAUAUAGUAUUUUUUU